AUGUCUUCCUCUGCACACUGUACCGGGUCCAACUUCCCCGGGCGCCUGGAAAGCCCCAUCUGUAGCUCCAAUGCUGAGCAAGAUGACCACCUUCUUCCCAAGUUUGAGGACUUUGGAGAGGCUGUGGCAAUUCCCCAUGGCCCCUCCAGUGAUGCCACCCUGGAAUGUGUGAGAGUGGACAUGAUGCAAAAUGAGAACAAGAGCGACCACCACUGUCACUUAUACGAAGGCAAAAACAACAUUCUCAUCGUCCGCAGAGCCCAAGAGUUUCAGAUGACCCUCCAGUUCAACCAGCCCGUAAAUCCCAGUGACAAUUUCCAGAUUGAGUUUUACAUUGGUAUCAAUACCUACAUGUUGAAUGGCACAAAGAUCAUCAUCUCCUUUGACGGCUCACAAUCUGGGAAUUGGACCGGCCGCAUGAUACAGCAACAAGGGGAUGAGUGCGUGGUGGGCAUCACCCCUUCUGCGGACGCCAUCAUCGGGAAGUACUACACGAGUGUGGCGGUCAUCGGGUCCAAUGGAGUCUCAAGGACACAAAAGGACUCUGGAACAGACUUCUACCUCCUGUUCAACGCCUGGGCGUCCAAUGAUGAGGUGUACAUGCCCAAUGAGGAAGAAAGGCAGGAGUAUGUGAUGAAUGAAAAUGGCUACAUAUACCAGGAGGAAUCAGGUGAUGGAAGACAAUGGUAUUAUGGUCAGUUUGUGGAAGGGAUUCUUGAUGCCUGUAUCAAAAUCUUGGAUGACUCACACAUGCCUCUAGUAAACAGAGGCGAUGCUGUCAAAGUCUGCAGGAUAGGCUCUGCAAUGAUGAACUCCCAGGAUGACCGCGGGGUCUUGGUGGGCAACUGGAGCGAUGACUACUCCCUCGGCACUGCACCAACCUUCUGGAUUGGCAGUGACCAGAUCCUGCUCCAGUACGUCAACAAAGGGCCCGUCAGCUUCGCCCAGUGCUGGGUCUACGCCGGGACGUUCAACACCUUUCUGCGGUGUCUGGGCAUCCCUGCCAGGGUGAUCACCAACUUCAACUCCGCCCACGACAACACAGGGAACAUAAUCACAGAUCUCGUCUUCAACUCAGUGGGAAAUGUACUUGAACUGAACGAGCGCCUUACCAGAGACUCAAUCUGGAACUACCACUGCUGGAAUGAGGCUUACUUGUCCAGAUUUGACCUCCCUGCAUACCAGAACUUAGGUGGCUGGCAGGUGGUGGAUUCCACCCCCCAGGAAACCAGUGAUGGAUAUUUCCGCUGUGGACCUUGCUCUGUCAAAGCCAUCAAGGAAGGAAUGCUUGGCUAUCAAUUUGAUGCCCCGUUUGUGUUUGCUGAGGUAAAACAAUACGUCUUCUUUAUGCUUGACCAGUAA